AGAUACUAAGUGCAGUUCGGUACAGUACUUGGUCGUUUUGAUGCCUGGUCACACUUACUUGUUAUGGACAACUUCUCUAGUCGAAUCGAUUGGAAUAAUAUCAUAGCAAGUUCAGAUUGCAUAUACUCGUGUCCACGCUUGGCUGCAUCCCUGAUAUAUUGGAGUGAUAGUAUUAAGUUGCAAAUCGUGAGGAACUUGCCGGUGUGCAUUGUGUCACUUUGGCACACAUUAUCUCCUCCCCAUCCCCCGGAUGAAUUUCCCCAAUACCUGGAACCGCACACCCACGCCAGAUCAACUUGUGGCCAACCAGGAUGUCCACGACGAUGACCUGUAUCGCACUUUCUCAAACCCACCCGGCAGUCUCUUUUGCGCCACCGACAUGCGCUCAAUGGCAUAUUUAAACACGGCAGCAGCGGAUCAUCAGAUAUCGAGCACCAAGUUAGUUUGCUCCUUCUCUUCCUUACAGGGGAAUAACACCGUGACUAGUCAUCCUACUCCACCCACUGUUGGCUCGUGGACAUCAAGCAACUCAUCGAGUAGUACUGAUCACAACCACGGCAACUUCACAGAGGGUCGAUAUUCAACACAAUCCAUUUCUGCUUCCACUUAUCAGACCUUAGACAUGCCACCAUCGCAAAGUGCCUACCCCUACUCUAUCACCGCCAAUGUGCUUUCAUCUGUCCCGGAUUAUGAUCCCUGGCAUAACCCACCAACCCUUCACAGCAUCCAGCACUACAACCCAGAAUUAAGAGGUGCCAGCAUCAGGCACUCUUAUUCUCCUGUAUUGAGAAGCGACGACUCGUCGCCGUCAACAUCCCAAAAGUUUGUUCUUCGUUACCAUUCAUAAAUAGCUGUUUUCUCAUAAUCGCCGUCAUGCAUGAAGGGUCUAUCCAAAUGACCACCCUUCGCGGUCCACCACUUCCUCACAACAUACCGCAAAU